GUAAGUGGAGGCACAAGUUCCUUUUUCCCCAGCACUUCAUUCUUCAGGUAUUUGGGAUUUAUUUGCAAAGUAACUCUAAUGGUCUGGGUUGUGCUCUGUUGUCUCAGCCAUGGCCCCCAAAAAGAACAAGACGACCAAGAAGAAUAAAGGAGACAUCAAUGAGAUGACAAUCAUGGUUGAGGACAGCCCUGUCAACAAGAUCAACGGGCUGAACACACUGUUGGAGGGCAGCAAUGGAUUCAGCUGUAUUUCAACUGAGGUUACAGAUUCUGUGUAUGCCCCCAACCUCCUAGAGGGUCUGAGCAGUAUGCGGCAUGACAGUUUCCUCUGUGAUCUAACAGUUGCCACCAAGUCAAAGUCCUUUGACGUCCAUAAGGUCGUCAUGGCCUCUUGCAGCGAGUACAUACGUAACAUCCUGAAAAAGGAUUCAACGCUACAGAAGAUUGAAUUGAACGACCUCUCCCCUGUGGGCCUUGCCACAAGCAUCACAUAUGCGUACUCUGGAAAGCUCACCUUGUCGCUCUACAGCAUUGGCAGCACCAUCGCAGCGGCGAGGCUCCUACAGAUCGGCACCCUAGUGAAGAUGUGCAGUGACUUCCUCAUGCAGGAGCUCAGCGUUGAGAACUGCAUGUACGUGGCCAACAUUGCAGAUGCCUACAAUCUUAAAGAAACCAAAGAGGCGGCGCAGAAGUACAUGCGGGAAAACUUCAUUGAGUUCUCCGAGAUGGACCACUUCCUGAAGCUUACCUACGAGCAGAUUAGCGACUUUCUCUCGGACGAUUCUCUUCAGCUUCCCUCCGAGGUCACAGCCUUCCAGAUCGCCAUGAAAUGGUUGGACUUUGACGAGAAGAGGUUGAAGUACGCGGCAGAUCUCCUAACUCACAUCCGUUUCGGCACGAUCUCCGCCCAAGACCUGGUUAAUCACAUCCAGAGUGUGCCUAGAAUGAUGCAAGACCAUGAGUGCCACCGCCUCCUCGUUGAUGCCAUGAACUACCACCUGCUGCCAUACCAACAGAAUAUCCUUCAGUCUCGUAGAACAAAAGUGCGCGGUGGACUCAAGGUGAUACUCACGGUUGGAGGACGCCCCGCCUUGACGGAGAAAUCUCUCAGCAAGGACAUCCUCUACAGGGACAUCGACAAUGUGUGGAAUCGGUUGACAGAAAUGCCAGCAAAGAGCUUUAAUCAGUGUGUGGCAAUGUUGGAUGGCUUCCUGUAUGUGGCGGGAGGUGAGGACCAGAAUGAUGCAAGGAACCAGGCCAAGCAUGCCGUCAGCAACUUCUGCAGGUAUGAUCCCCGCUUCAACACCUGGAUUCAUCUGAACAACAUGAUCCAAAAACGCACUCACUUCAGUCUCAGCACCUUCAAUGGCCUUUUGUUUGCCGUUGGCGGGCGUAACGCUAACGGUGUUCAGGCGUCAGUGGAGUGCUACGUGCCCUCUUCCAACCAGUGGCAGAUGAAAGCGCCCAUGGAGGUGCCCCGCUGCUGUCACGCCAACUCAGUCAUUGAAGGAAAGAUCCUCGUUUCUGGAGGUUACAUCAACAACGCCUACUCCAGAGCCGUGUGCUCGUAUGACCCGUCCACCGACUGCUGGCAGGAUAAGAGCAGCCUGAGCUCACCUCGUGGUUGGCACUGCGCCGCCACAGUGGGAGAUCGCGCCUACGCCAUCGGUGGUAGUCAGCUGGGAGGUCGUGGGGAGAGGGUGGAUGUCCUGGCUGUAGAGUGCUACAACCCUCACAACGGGCAGUGGAGCUACUGCGCUCCUCUUCACACAGGCGUGAGCACGGCUGGCAUUGCCGUUUUGAACAACAAGAUGUAUCUCCUCGGGGGAUGGAAUGAGGGUGAGAAGAAGUACAAGAAGUGUAUUCAGGUGUAUAAUGCUGACCUCAAUGAAUGGACUGAGGACGACGAGUUGCCAGAACCUACAGUCGGCAUUUCAUGCUGCGUCGUCACCAUACCCAGUCGAAAAACAACACGAGAAUCUAGAGCCAGUUCAGUUUCAUCUGCACCAGUCAGUAUAUAAGCAGCAAGAUGCUAAUGAUGAUGUAGUUUAUAUGCUUCCAGGCCUCAAUUUGUCUGUCACAGAUGCCUUGGAUCGAAAAACUCCCUGUGGUGAGCACGAGAACGUUUUUUAAAUAGGGUCUUUAACUUUAAUAAAAGAGCAAAUAAAGUGCAUUUAAAGUUACGGUUUGGCAGCUGGAUGUUUACGUUUGGCAUUAUUAGGGAAUCAUUAUGUUUAUGAUACAGACAUUAGCUUAUUAUUAGGCAGACAUUUUUCUAUGGGGCCAAUUCAGAUGAUAGCAUUUAAUUUGCCCUCAUUCUAUUGCAUAUAAAAUGUCUUUAAUACUUAAAUUAAAAUUACAGUGUAAAGACAUUUGUUUGCCUUUAUUUACCCAAUAUAAUGACAGUCAUAUUGUACAUGCACUUACAACACCUAUAUUUAUUUCAAAGGAUAGUUUAUGGAGACUGGAGCUACUGUGAUUCUCAGAUACUUGAACAGUAUAAGUGGUUGGAAUUAAUCUUGGAACGACACCUACUAGGAGUAGGUGUUUAUGAGUGUUUUUAACAAACUUCAGAGCAAGCUCAGCACUCAAUGGUUAUUUAGUGUGAUUGUCAUAAACACUGUACGUGAGAAGGGGCGGGGGAAAAAACAGAUUCUGCUGGGAAAAUGUUGCAAGGAUGACAUUUGAAUGGGUUUCGAAAAUUAUUUUGUAAAAAAAAAUAAAAAUAAAUGAAAUGAAGUAUUGUAACUUCAUAAAAAUGGU